UAUCAACAAUUUACUAUACAGAGAAAUGCGAAUUGGUGGCGGCUUUGAAUUUUUUAGUGAUUAAAAUAUCUAUAUAUAUAUUUUUUUUUUAACUAAAAGCUAUUUUAAAUUGUUCCCAAUUUUUUAUACAAACAUAGUUUGUUUGUUUUUUUUUUUAAACUUGUUUUUUAUUUAAAUAAUCGCAUAAAAAAUAUUAAUUUAAUUGUUGUAUAUUUUUAAAAUGUUAAUUUGUAUUUUAAUCAUUUUGAUAAAUAAUUAAUUAAUAAUUAUUUUAAUUGAAAAAUUUUUAAAGAAUUUAAAUUAUUUUAUUUACGAGCUUUUUAAAAUUACUUGUGCAAUUAUUUGAUCGAUUCGAAGUCGAUAUUUUUGGUAGCCAUAGAAACAUAAUAAAACUAAAUUACAUAAAUAUAAAAAGUAUUUAUUUUUCAAGAAAAAGAAAGUGAUGAAAUAAAAAUAAUAUUUUACGUUAAUAAGUGGCAAUAUUUAAAAAAUGUAUCGACAAGAUGUGCGAGUAGGUGUAGGGGUUGGUGCAAUACAUAAUCCACCCCGAGUUAAAUACAGCGAAGAAACUAGAAAUCUCAUUAAAAUACUUAUGGAAGAAUCUAAAUUAACAAUGAUGCAACGAAAGUCAAUACAAAAUGCAGUCGACAAGGGUGAUCCACUUCCAUCAUCAUCUAGAUCAUCUGUAUCUAGAUCGUUUGAAGAAAAAAAUGUCAUUGUUCCUUGUUAUUGGAAAAAACGAACACAACAAGAAAUUGUCAACAGUGGAGCUUAUGAACGAGAACAAUAUCGUAGAACUACACCAAUUUUAAACAAGGAUAAACAAAAACGUCAUUUAGCAUGUAUGAUGGCUUUUGGCAAAGACAUGCCUGAGACACCACAUGGUCCAAAGCAACUUCAUAAAUCUCGAAAACAAUCAUCAAUACCAGAUGACAUUGAUCCUUUGAAUGAACUUGUCCAAGGUAUUCGUGAACGUAUGGAAUUUUUAAAUGACAUGGAAAAACUUGGUCUUGGUAAAAAAUAUCGUCCAAUAAUUCAACAAGAAAUUGCUGAAAAAAUACGUAUCAUUGAAUCAUUUGAUAAUUUUCAAUCAGCUGAAAUUAAUAUCAAAGAUUUAAAAUACAAAAGACCAUCACCAAAACCCUAUCCAAUGGGUGAAUUAGAAAUGUCAUGAAUCAUGAUUAAAUAAUUGACACUAUUUUGAUUUUUAAAAUAAAAAUAAAAAUACAUUUUUAUAAAGCCA